AUGCAUCCGCCGGUACCACUGCGUGGCGCGGACAAGGGCGUCGAUGACGGCGGCGUCAAGGAUGAGACCGUGGUGCCAGUCUGCGAGCCGGGCGCUGAGCUGAGCUGGUACACAUGCGGGCCGACGGUCUACGCCCCGGCGCAUCUCGGCCACGGAUGGACGUAUGUACAUGUUGAUCUCAUGCAGCGGAUGCUGGGAAGCCUCUUUGGCGUCCGAAUUACAUCGGUCCGCAACGUCACAGACAUCGACGACAAGAUUAUCGCCCGCGCAGCAGAGCUGGACAUCGGCCACGCCGAGCUCGCGGCCGACAUGGAGGCAAGCUUCAAUCGCGACAUGGCAGGCCUUGGUGUUGCGCCUCCGCACGCUGCACCCCGCGUCACCGACGCCAUGCCCACCAUUGUCGCCUUUAUCGCCGAUCUUGUCGCCCGUGGCGCCGCCUACGUCGACCACUCCUCGGGCUCGGUAUACUUUGACACAGAGACGUACGGGGACGCGUAUCCAGCCGCCAUGUUCAAGGCCUCGGCUGGUUUGAGUGGCUGUAGGCAUGGCAUUGGCGGUGGCGGCGAUGACGACGGCGACAGCGAUUCGGCCCAAGCCCCGGGUAAGCGCGCGCCGGCGGACUUUGCGCUGUGGAAGGGCGAUGCAUCGCCAGCAGCCGUAGCAUGGCCCGCCCCGUGGGGGCCUGGCCGCCCAGGAUGGCACAUAGAGUGCUCAGCGAUGGCGACCGCCCAGUUUGGGGCCACGCUCGACGUCCACGCCGGUGGCAUUGACCUCAAGUUUCCGCACCACACCAACGAGAUCGCCCAGUGCCUGGCGUGGCUCGACGCGCCGCGCGACAAGCCCACAUCCUGGGCCCGCCUCUUUGCCCACAUCUCCCACCUCCACAUCGACGGCGCCAAAAUGUCCAAGAGUCUCAAGAACUUUAUCACUGUGAGCGACGUGCUUGAAAACGGCGCCGGCUCGGGUGACCACUUUCGCCUCUUCGCCGCCCUCCACCCGCGGUCCGCUCCGUGCGCGAUGACCGCCGACGUCGCCGCGGUUUUCGCCGAAGCUCGCGCCAUCGAGGCCCAGCUACUUGCUACCCUUGCGCCGUCGGCUGCUGCCUCGCACGCCGUUGACGUCACCCAUGUCGACGCCGCCCUCGACGAGCUCCGCACCGCCUGGGCCCAUCUUGCCGCCCCGAGCCUCGACGCCCGGACGCUGGUGGAUGAUGCCCGCAACCGGGUAGCUAGCAUUGAUCCCACUGGGCCUUCGGCUGAAGGCAUCGCGCUCGUUUCCGCUCUCGAUGCACUCGGGUUCAGAUGGCAGGCAACGGUGCAGGGUGCACUGGAUGACUGCGUGCGCGCUGAGCUUGUUCACGCUAUGGCUGUGAGGCGUGAGCUCCGGUCGGCACUCGUCGCCAAGAGCGCAGACAGCGUGACAGGCGCCGUCGGUGCAACAGCUGCCUCACUCCUUGGUAUGGCGCCACCGGCCUCCAUCGGUGCCGGCUGGGCACUCUGCGACGCGCUUCGCGACGACAUCCAGGCCAAGCAUCCACUGGCGCUACGAUGCUAG